AUGGAGAUUGACCCUUUUGUCAUAGCAGCCUUUGGGCCGCCCCCUGAUGGCAUAGAUCUGUCGGCCAAUAAUGAAGCCAAGAACACUGGCGUUGUUCUUCUGCUGUUAAUCAUCUCGGCUGUGUUCCUGGCGGGCAGGAUCGCUCUUCGGACGAAACAAACGUACGGAUUGAGUGCCGACGACUAUGCUAUCAUAGUAUCGUUCUUGUUUGUGCUUGCCGUUGCUAUAAUGGUGGUAGUUGCUGGCCAUGAUGGCGUUGGGCAACAUGUAUGGGCUCUUACAAUAACUCAACUCUCAGAAGUUGUCAAGCUCUCAUACGUAUACAGCUUCCUCUUUGCCUCGGCCGUAUUUACAACCAAAGUCUCGAUCCUCCUCUUUUACCAACGAAUAUUCAACCGAGGCAGCCUCUCAUUCCGAAUCGCCUUUUGGUUUGGGACGAUCCUUGUGAUGUCAUAUCCUAUCAUCUUUAUCUUUGCCAUGAGCUUCUGCUGCACGCCUAUUUCACACUAUUGGACACAGUUCAUGGGGUCUCAGGGCUCAUGCAUCGACGUCGGUCAAUUCUUCGUUGCUCUGGCCAUCAUUAAUCUUAUCACUAACGUGGUUGUGCUUUUGAUUCCUGUACCAGAAGUGCUCAAGCUUCAGAUGAGCAGAGAAAAGAAAGCGGGUGUUUUUGGCAUCCUAGCACUCGGAGGCUUAGUUUGCAUUGCUAGUGCCGUACGAAUACACUAUCUAAGUGUAUUUGCAAGAGAAGUCGAUACAACAUGGCAUAUGGGCCCAGUGGCUAUCUGGUCUUCUUUCGAACCCUCAAUAGGCAUCGUAUCAGCGUGUCUUCCCAGCUUCAAGUCACUGCUACGGUACUUGCGAGGCAAAAACAGCAAGAAAUCAAGCUUUAUAACACCGCCAGACUGGGCAAUGGGGAAUAAGUCCAGAUUUGACGAUGAGAUCGCAUUGAGGAGUCAGGUGGUGGGAGGCCAAGGGAGUGUACGCAGUACACAAGGAAGUGAUGCUGAUAAGCAUAUUCAUGUCAAGACGGAUGUCGAACAAACCUUCCAUGAAGUGCCCUGA